AGCAAAAUGUGUGGAGGAGCAGUAAUUUCCGAUUACAUAGCGCCGGGAGCUGGCAAGCCUUCCUGGAGAAGCGACAACGUCGUUGACCUGACACUCGACGACUUGGAGGGAGAUUCUCAGUAUUAUCCAUGGCUAGGUGUGAAAAGAGAAGAUGGGAGGAUGAGGAAGAAGAAGAAGAAGAAGAAGAAGAGUGUUAGUAGCGAGUACAGAGGAAUCAGGAGACGGCCAUGGGGAAGAUGGGCGGCUGAGAUUCGCGACCCGAUCAAAGGAGUUCGAGUUUGGCUAGGGACGUUCAACACUGCAGAAGAUGCUGCGAGAGCUUAUGACUUUGAAGCUAAGAGGCUCCGAGGAGUUAAAGCUAAACUCAACUUCCCUAACGAGUCUCCAGCAUCAUCAUCUAGAAAGCGUAAAGCCUCUUCACCACCACCAACACAGCGGCCACAGGUUCAGAAGAUAGAAGAGAAGCAUGAAGGUGAUGAUCUUGGUGGUGGCUAUUUUGAUUUCUUGUGGGAGGAGAAUAAUAACGCGGACGCGAGUCAGGUCGACACGCAAUGGCUUGAAGAUGUUAUUGUCAUGGGCGAUGAUGCGGAGAAGAGACAGAGAGGUUCUUAUGAUUGUGAAGGGGACGUGGAUGGUUUGUUUUCGGAUGAGCUUCUGGCUUUUGAGAACCAGACGGAGUGCUUCUUACAGACGCCGUUUAUGGAGGGGGGAAACUGUGGUUCCUUGACGUCUUUGAGUAGUCUCUUAGAUGAAGUCAAUGUCAUGGAUCUUUGGUCUUGA